AUGGUCAGGUUGGUGAGGAAUCCACCUCGGCAUGCCAAGUUCAUGGUCAGGUUGGAAAAAAGCUCAUCUCGCCAUGCUAAGCUCAUGGUCAGGUUGGCAAAGAGCCCACCUCAACUCACCAAGGUCAUGAUCAGGUUGGCGAGGAACCGACCUCAACUUACCAAGCUCAUGGUCAAGUUGGCCACCUCACCAUGCCAAGCUCAUUAUCAGGUUGGCGAAGCACAGACCUGA